CCUAGUCAUCCAUCGUUGCGCAUUUCCCUCUACUCUUGCACGAUACCAUUUAGAUUUACCCACCACCAGCGCGCGACUGCGACCAAGCGAUUUUCAUUCACACCAGGCCGGGUCAAUUCGACAGCCCAGACGAGGCCCAGAAAAAAAUUAAAAAGCCAGACAUCGAGUUUCUCGCAACCCCGCCUCCGCUCAUUGCCCACGAUCCAACGAAGCUACGACAUUUCCGAGAGUCACCAUCAAGAAUCGGAACGCUCUCCGACAGAAUUCGGCACCGCUGCGUCCCUCGAUCAAACCGAUUGGCCUUCUUCGUCAACGUCUUCUGGCGAGACAUUCCCAUCUCUAUUGCGCCAUCAGCCGGGUAUUAGCAUCGCACUACCACAUUAAUUCGCUUCCGGCACCAACAACAACACUUACUUACCCUGAAGACCUUAUAAUUCUCUGAAUUUUAUCACCAUGGCCGACGCUGGUCCUCAGUCCGCUGGCGCUCAGCUGCCUCCGCCGCCGCAGCCCAACGCUGGCGCUCCCGGGUUCGAUAACCAGAACGGUCAGGCUAAUCCCGCCCAUAUGCCCCCUCCUCCGCUGCACAUCCCUCCGAACACCAACCCGAUCCCGACCGCGAUCACGUCGCCCAUGUCGGCCGUCGAUAAAGGCUCGGUCAUGUCUCCUAGCAGCGGGGGUCCCUUCCCGCGACGCGCUGCUCCUGAGCCCAACAAGCGCGCCCUCUAUGUCGGCGGUCUCGACCCGCGCGUGACUGAGGACGUUCUGCGUCAGAUCUUCGAGACUACUGGGCACGUACAGAACGUCAAGAUAAUCCCGGAUAAGAACCAAAAGGGCUACAAUUAUGGUUUUGUCGAGUACGAUGACCCCGGCGCAGCUGAGCGUGCUAUGCAGACGUUGAACGGCCGGCGCGUCCAUCAGUCUGAGAUCAGAGUCAAUUGGGCCUACCAGUCCAACGCCGCGAACAAGGAAGACACCUCCAGCCACUUCCACAUCUUCGUGGGCGACUUGUCUAACGAGGUCAAUGAUGAUGUUCUGCUGCAGGCCUUCUCCGUUUUCGGAAGCAUCUCCGAGGCUCGCGUCAUGUGGGAUAUGAAGACGGGUCGCUCGCGCGGAUACGGUUUCGUGGCUUUCCGGGAACGCGCCGACGCCGAGAAGGCGUUGAGCUCGAUGGACGGCGAAUGGCUUGGUUCCCGUGCGAUCAGGUGCAACUGGGCCAACCAGAAGGGCCAGCCGUCGAUGGCUCAACAGCAAGCGAUGCAAGCGAUGGGCAUAACUCCGACCACCCCCUACGGGCACCAUCACUUCCCGACCCACGGCGUGCAGAGCUACGACAUGAUCGUAAACCAGACGCCAUCUUGGCAGACCACGUGCUACGUCGGGAACCUGACGCCCUACACCACCCCGAACGACGUCGUCCCGCUCUUCCAGAACUUUGGCUUCGUCGCCGAAUCCCGAUUCCAGGCCGACCGGGGGUUCGCCUUCAUCAAGAUGGACACGCACGAGAACGCGGCGAUGGCGAUCUGCCAGCUGAACGGGUAUAACGUGAACGGGAGGCCCCUUAAGUGCAGCUGGGGCAAGGACAAGACCCCGAACAAUUCUCAGGGGCCAGGCUUCGAUCCCUCCCAACAGGCGUUCAGCCCUCAGAGUGCUCAAGCGUCCGGCUACCCGGGAACGCCGUCGACAUUCUUCCCUCAGUACGGGGGUCACUACGGCGGUCAGCAGCAGGCUUACGGCGGCCCCCCUGCUCAGUCGCCGGCGGGUUAUAGCGGCCAACCGAUGGGAUACGGCGGCCCACCUAGUGCUGGGGGUUACGGCCGCGGCCAGCAGCCGCCGAACCAGCAAUGGACGCAGCCGCCGCCGAACCAGAAUUUCAGUGGCGGUUACCCGGGAUACCAAGGUUAGGUUGAGGAGUAUUUCAGACUCUCGGUAGGGCAUCUGAUUUCCACGCAUCUGCCUAUUUCCGCAGAAUAUCUAGAAAGGGCCUUCUUUUUUUCUUUUCUUUCUUCUCUCUCUAGGAGGUCCUUUUGAGAUGCCGCGCGCGCUAUAGCUGCAUCCCUGUAUGUCCUUCUUUGACUGCUUCGUGUACGGGCGUACACGUCGGCACGGGUUUCCCAGGGUAUUUUUUGAUGGAACGUAUGUCAUGACUAUCGGGGGGCAUCUCUAGAUCGAUGCAUUCUAGUUUUCUGCGUCCUAGUCUCUCCCCAUUUUCUUCGCUCUCUUCUCUCCUCCUACCGGUUUUCCUCCGCCGUCUGUGAUUUUAGCUCAAGUUUUCUUCUCGGGGCUCUUCCCCGAGCCCCGUCCGCUGCUGCUGCUGCUGGUACUGGU